AACAAACUGUGGGUUUGAGAAAUGGACACAUAGGAACGACGGAAGGGAAAAGAAAAGAGCACAGAGUUCGAGGCACGACGAGGCGUCUACAGAGCACCGCGAUAGCCAUCAAUUUCUGGAUCAGCUCGAACUGACUUUGUGUCGUCUUUUUACGGAAUCUUGUGGCAUCAGCUCGCCUGCCCUCUUUCUCGCUCCUCUCCUCUCUUUCUCUCUCUCCUUCGCUCGCGCACACACACAGUGCAGAGGCGACGUGUACAAAAUUUCGAUGGCUGAUCGUAGAGGUGGUUCUGAAUUGGGUAAGCGUAAUAAAGGGAAGGCGACUUGGGAAUUGGAGGAUGGUCCCUCGGGGUUUCCUUCUUUCACCUCUGCUUGCGGUCCGGUUGGGUUUUUGCCCGACGGCGUGGAAGAUGAGGAGGAGGAGGAGGAGGAAUCUCGGGAUCCUUUGAUGAUCUUCGGCUCAGGAAUCAUGAUGAUGAUUCUGAGCAAACUUGACGCACGCAGCGUGGCACUAGCUCGUUUGGUCUCUCGUGAAUGGCUCGCCGUUGCUUCCAGCGACAAGAUUUGGGCACCUAAGGAAAAAGGACUAGUUGCAGUUGUACAUCGAGAUGGAAGCAUUAUGAUGUCACCAAUGUGUGAAGAGUUGUGGCAAGGUAAAGCACACAUACCCCGCAUUGCGAAAGUUCAAGGACUUCCGAAGUAUGUUGCUUAUUCACGAUCUAUUAAGGAUGGUAAAAGAACGAGGAUCACUCGGCAUGAUCUCUGUGAUCAUAUUUGGGAAUUUCAUUUCAAUGAGGCAGCGUCGGAGUACUGGCGGAACCUGGAUCCGUACUGGACCGGCAGCGGUCCGCCACUGCGGCGGUACUUCCACCCCGACGGCAGCAUAACGGCGGAUCCAGACGAUCCGGUGUGGGGCGGGCACGAGUCGUGCUACACGAUCGUGACCGGCCUGUUCGGCGACGGCAAAAUCAGGGAGCAUUACAUGAGGAUAAACCGGUGGCCGACUCUCUCCUUGCAAAGGAGGCCAGAUUGGGGCUGGGUGCUCGCCAACCACCUCUACUGCUACACCAGCAUCCCCGACGCCGCCGACAAGCCCGACGGCACCGGACCGUACUUCCCCCUCGACUAAAAACCUGCAUAUCCAUAUACAUAUAUAUAUAGCUAUCACUCACCGGCGACGGCGAUGUAUGUGGAUUUUGGUGUGCUUUUCAAAAACUCCCGACUGUGUGUGAAGAAACCAGACAUUACAUAUAUAUAUUAUGUAUCUUUGUAGAAGAGAUUUAGAGAAGAUGAUUCUGGUUUGUUCGGAAUUUGGCUUGUAUGGAUUGGUGUGAUCCAUUUUCAGAAAUUUUGCUAUUUCUGGACGAAAUAGAGAGAUAUUAUUAAAUAUA